CCUGUUCUUUUUUAUGGUUUAACAGCCAGAGGUGCUGUGCUAAAUUCUUGGAAGGGGCCCGGAUGUACUGAGGAUGCAUUGCAAUUUCACUAAAGGAGGCAGUAGUGGAAAGGAUCAGUUUUUGGUGUUUGAUGCAAUAAUGGGAAUCAGGUAAUAAUAAAAGGGGAAAAUCUGCAGCUCCAUUCUUCCGUGUAUUUUACCAAGCCGAUUUUCGGAGGGAUUAAUCUGGACUCGUUUUAAAUGGUCAAUGAAAACAAGAGGAUGUACAUCCCCGAAGAAAACCAUCAAGGUUCCAACUAUGGGAGUCCCCGUCCAGCUCAUGCCAACAUGAAUGCCAAUGCAGCUGCAGGGCUUGCCCCAGAGCAUAUCCCUACUCCAGGGGCAGCUCUUUCCUGGCAAGCUGCAAUUGAUGCUGCCAGGCAAGCCAAACUGAUGGGUAGUGCUGGCAAUGCAACAAUAUCCACAGCUAGCUCCACGCAGAGGAAACGGCAACAGUACGGGAAACAGAAAAAACAGGGUACCACCACAGCUACACGUCCUCCCCGGGCACUGCUGUGUUUAACACUGAAAAAUCCCAUCCGGAGGGCAUGCAUCAACAUCGUCGAAUGGAAAUCAUUUGAAAUAAUUAUUUUACUGACUAUUUUUGCCAAUUGUGUGGCCUUAGCUAUCUAUAUCCCCUUUCCAGAAGAUGAUUCCAAUGCCACCAAUUCCAAUCUGGAACGAGUGGAGUAUCUCUUUCUCAUAAUUUUUACAGUGGAAGCAUUUUUAAAAGUAAUAGCAUACGGACUUCUCUUUCACCCCAACGCUUACCUCCGCAAUGGCUGGAAUUUACUAGAUUUUAUAAUUGUGGUAGUAGGGCUUUUUAGUGCAAUUUUAGAACAAGCAACCAAAGCAGAUGGGGGGAAUUCAAUAGGAGGAAAAGGUGCCGGAUUUGAUGUUAAAGCUCUGCGGGCUUUCCGAGUAUUACGUCCGUUACGGCUGGUGUCUGGAGUUCCUAGUCUCCAGGUGGUUUUAAAUUCAAUUAUCAAGGCCAUGGUCCCUUUGUUGCAUAUUGCCCUGCUGGUGCUGUUUGUCAUUAUUAUCUAUGCCAUCAUUGGACUGGAGCUGUUCAUGGGGAAGAUGCAUAAGACCUGCUAUCAUGUGCAAGGGGGACUGAUAGAUACACCUGCAGAAGAUGAUCCAUCUCCCUGCGCUCCCCAGUCUGCGCAUGGGCGGCAAUGUCAGAAUGGCACGGAGUGUAAGGCAGGCUGGGAGGGACCUAAGCAUGGCAUUACCAACUUUGACAACUUUGCUUUUGCCAUGCUGACAGUGUUCCAGUGCAUCACGAUGGAGGGCUGGACAGAUGUAUUGUACUGGGUCAAUGAUGCCAUAGGAAGGGACUGGCCCUGGAUCUAUUUUGUUACACUAAUCAUCAUAGGGUCAUUUUUUGUACUUAACUUGGUUCUCGGUGUACUUAGCGGGGAGUUUUCCAAAGAAAGAGAGAAGGCUAAAGCUCGGGGUGAUUUCCAGAAGUUACGGGAAAAACAACAGCUAGAAGAGGAUUUGAAGGGAUACUUAGACUGGAUAACUCAAGCAGAAGAUAUUGACCCAGAAAACGAAGAUGAAGGCAUGGAUGAGGAGAAACCUCGAAACAUGAGCAUGCCCACCAGUGAGACCGAGUCAGUGAACACAGACAACGUCCCUGGAGCAGAUAUUGAAGGCGAAAACUGCGGUGCUAGGCUAGCGCAUCGGAUUUCAAAAUCAAAGUUUAGUCGCUACUGGCGCCGGUGGAAUAGAUUCUGCAGAAGAAAGUGCCGUGCCGCUGUCAAGUCCAAUGUUUUCUACUGGUUGGUGAUAUUCCUUGUGUUUCUCAACACCCUUACCAUUGCCUCUGAACACUACAACCAGCCAGACUGGCUCACGGAGGUCCAAGACACUGCCAACAAGGUGCUACUAGCUCUUUUCACGGCAGAGAUGCUGCUGAAGAUGUACAGCCUUGGUCUCCAGGCCUAUUUUGUGUCCCUUUUCAAUCGCUUUGACUGUUUCAUUGUGUGUGGAGGAAUCCUGGAAACGAUUCUGGUUGAGACGAAGAUCAUGUCACCACUGGGCAUUUCGGUGUUGAGAUGUGUUCGACUCCUAAGAAUAUUUAAAAUCACAAGAUACUGGAACUCCCUGAGUAACCUUGUGGCUUCACUCCUGAAUUCAGUCCGCUCUAUUGCCUCCCUGUUGUUGCUUCUCUUCCUCUUCAUUAUCAUCUUCUCACUCCUGGGGAUGCAGCUCUUUGGGGGGAAGUUUAACUUUGAUGAGAUGCAGACCAGGAGGAGUACUUUUGACAACUUCCCCCAGUCCCUCCUCACUGUGUUUCAGAUCCUGACUGGGGAGGACUGGAAUUCGGUGAUGUAUGAUGGGAUCAUGGCUUAUGGCGGCCCCUCUUUUCCAGGAAUGUUGGUCUGUAUUUACUUCAUCAUCCUCUUCAUCUGUGGAAACUAUAUCCUGCUGAAUGUAUUUUUGGCCAUUGCUGUGGACAACCUUGCUGAUGCUGAGAGCUUAACAUCUGCACAGAAAGAGGAGGAAGAGGAAAAAGAAAGGAAAAAGUUAGCUAGAACUGCUAGUCCUGAAAAGAAACAGGAAAUAGAGAAAACAGCUGUGGAGGAGGAGACAAAGGAGGAGAAAAUUGAGUUGAAAUCGAUCACUACUGAUGGAGAAUCCCCACCUGCUACCAAGAUCAACGUAGAUGAUUAUCAGCCCAAUGAAAAUGAAGAAAAGAGUCCAUACCCUACAACAGAAGCGCCAGCAGAGGAAGAUGAGGAAGAACCGGAGAUGCCUGUUGGCCCUCGGCCUCGCCCGAUGUCUGAGCUGCACCUCAAGGAAAAGGCUGUGCCCAUGCCUGAUGCCAGUGCUUUUUUCAUCUUCAGUCCUAACAACAGGUUUCGUGUCCACUGCCAUCGAAUCGUUAAUGAUAACAUUUUCACCAACCUGAUCCUAUUUUUCAUCUUGCUCAGCAGCAUCUCCCUGGCCGCUGAGGACCCUGUCCGACACCUCUCCUUUAGGAACCAAAUUCUCUUUUAUUUUGAUAUAGUUUUUACUGUCAUUUUCACCAUUGAAAUUGCUCUGAAGAUCCUAGGCAAUGCAGACUAUGUCUUCACUAGUAUCUUUACAUUAGAAAUUAUUCUUAAGAUGACCGCAUAUGGGGCUUUCCUCCAUAAAGGCUCCUUCUGCAGAAACUAUUUCAACAUCUUAGACCUCCUGGUGGUCAGCGUUUCUCUCAUCUCCUUUGGGAUCCAGUCCAGUGCUAUCAAUGUGGUGAAGAUCCUGCGUGUUCUGCGAGUCCUUAGACCACUGAGGGCCAUUAACAGGGCCAAAGGACUAAAGCAUGUGGUCCAGUGUGUGUUUGUCGCCAUCCGAACCAUCGGAAACAUUGUGAUUGUCACCACUUUGCUGCAGUUCAUGUUUGCCUGCAUUGGAGUUCAGCUGUUUAAGGGCAAGCUGUACAGCUGCACUGAUAGCUCCAAGCAGACAGAAGCAGAAUGCAGAGGGUACUACAUUACAUACAAGGAUGGUGAAGUCAACCAGCCGAUGAUACAACCCCGGAGCUGGGAGAACAGCAAGUUUGACUUUGACAACGUCUUGACUGCCAUGAUGGCCCUCUUCACUGUCUCAACCUUUGAGGGCUGGCCAGAGUUGCUGUAUAGGUCCAUUGAUUCCCACAUGGAGGAUGUGGGACCCAUCUAUAAUCACAGGGUUGAGAUCUCCAUCUUCUUUAUUAUCUACAUCAUCAUCAUUGCUUUCUUCAUGAUGAACAUCUUCGUUGGUUUCGUCAUCGUCACAUUUCAGGAACAAGGAGAACAAGAGUACAAGAACUGUGAGCUGGACAAAAACCAGCGCCAGUGUGUAGAAUAUGCCCUGAAAGCCCGGCCCCUGCGGAGAUACAUCCCUAAAAACCAGUACCAGUACAAAGUUUGGUAUGUGGUCAACUCCACCUAUUUUGAAUACCUGAUGUUCGUUCUGAUCCUGCUGAACACCAUCUGCCUGGCCAUGCAACACUACGGUCAGAGCUGCAUGUUCAAGGAAGCCAUGAAUAUCCUCAACAUGCUCUUCACUGGCCUCUUCACUGUUGAGAUGGUGCUGAAAUUAAUCGCCUUCAAACCCAAGGGUUACUUUAGUGAUCCUUGGAAUGUUUUUGACUUCCUCAUCGUAAUUGGCAGCAUUAUAGACGUCAUUCUCAGUGAAACUAAUCACUAUUUCUGUGAUGCAUGGAAUACAUUUGACGCCUUGAUUGUUGUGGGUAGCAUUGUUGAUAUAGCAAUCACCGAGGUGAACCCAGCUGAACAUACCCAAUGCUCUUCCUCUAUGAACGCAGAGGAAAACUCUCGCAUCUCAAUCACCUUCUUCCGACUCUUCCGUGUGAUGCGUCUUGUGAAGCUCCUGAGCCGAGGGGAGGGCAUCCGGACGCUGCUUUGGACCUUCAUCAAAUCCUUCCAGGCUCUCCCCUAUGUGGCUCUUUUAAUAGUGAUGUUGUUCUUCAUCUACGCCGUGAUCGGGAUGCAGGUGUUUGGUAAAAUUGCGCUGAACGAUACCACAGAAAUCAACCGCAACAACAACUUCCAGACCUUCCCCCAGGCAGUGCUGCUGCUUUUCAGGUGUGCCACCGGAGAGGCCUGGCAGGAAAUCAUGCUGGCAUGUCUCCCGGAUAAGAAGUGUGACCCAGAGUCAGAGCCAGCCAAUUCCACUGAAGCCGAUCACUCCUGUGGCAGCAGCUUCGCCGUCUUCUAUUUCAUCAGCUUCUACAUGCUCUGUGCCUUUCUGAUCAUCAAUCUUUUUGUAGCUGUUAUAAUGGAUAACUUUGAUUACCUGACACGGGACUGGUCCAUUUUAGGACCACACCACUUGGAUGAGUUUAAAAGGAUCUGGGCAGAGUACGACCCUGAAGCCAAGGGACGGAUCAAACACUUGGAUGUGGUGACGCUGCUCCGACGGAUUCAGCCACCCCUGGGCUUUGGGAAGCUCUGCCCUCACCGGGUGGCUUGCAAACGCCUUGUUUCAAUGAAUAUGCCACUGAACAGUGAUGGGACUGUCAUGUUCAAUGCCACUCUCUUUGCAUUGGUCAGAACAGCACUGAGGAUCAAGACAGAAGGUAACCUGGAGCAAGCCAACGAAGAGCUGAGAGCAAUAAUUAAGAAAAUCUGGAAGCGCACCAGUAUGAAGCUGCUGGACCAGGUGGUGCCCCCCGCAGGUGACGAUGAGGUGACCGUUGGGAAGUUCUAUGCCACUUUCUUGAUUCAGGAAUAUUUCCGGAAGUUCAAGAAACGUAAAGAACAGGGACUGGUGGGCAAGCCCUCCCAGCGCAACGCGCUCUCCUUACAGGCUGGUCUGCGAACACUUCACGACAUUGGGCCAGAGAUCAGACGAGCGAUCUCUGGAGACCUGACAGCUGAAGAAGAGCUAGACAAGGCCAUGAAAGAAGCUGUGUCUGCUGCCUCUGAAGAUGAUAUCUUCCGGAGAGCUGGAGGCUUGUUUGGAAAUCAUGUCAGCUAUUACCAAAGUGAUGGCAGGAGUGCGUUCCCUCAGACAUUCACCACCCAGCGACCUUUGCACAUCAAUAAGUCUGGCAACAACCAGGGAGAUACCGAGUCUCCAUCUCAUGAGAAGCUGGUAGACUCUACCUUCACUCCCAGCAGCUACUCAUCUUCAGGCUCCAAUGCCAACAUCAACAAUGCCAACAACACAGCCCUGUGCCGCUUCCCCAGCCCACCCAGCUACCCCAGCACUGUCAGCACAGUGGAAGGCCAUGGGACCCCCUUGUCACCCACCAUAUGUGUACAGGAGGCUCCUUGGAAACUACCUUCCAAAAGGACUCAUUACUACGAAACACUGGGACGCUCCAGUUCCAGAGACAGCCAGCUGGCAAUUGUUUGCCAAGAGGAAGUGUCUCAGGAUGAGACGUAUGAUGAAAAUUUGAAUGAAGACAUUGAGUACUGUAGUGAACCAAGUCUGCUCUCUACUGAAAUGCUUGCAUACCAAGAUGAUGAAAACAGACAACUUACUCCACCAGAAAACAACAAAGGAGAAGACAGCAGGCACUCUCCAAAGAAAGGAUUUCUGUGCUCCUCAGCAUUAGGUCGAAGAGCAUCUUUUCACUUAGAGUGUCUGAAAAGACAGAAAAACCAGGGUGCAGACGUCUCGCAGAAGACAGUUCUGCCUUUGCAUCUGGUACAUCAUCAGGCAUUAGCAGUGGCCGGCCUCAGUCCCCUGCUCCAGCGAAGCCAUUCCCCCACCAUGUUCUCUCGGCUGUGUGCAACGCCUCCCGCUACACCCUGCAACCGUGGCUGGCCGCAACAGACCAUCCCGACUCUGCGCCUGGACGGGGCAGAGUCCAGCGAGAAGCUCAACAGCAGCUUCCCUUCAGUACACUGCAGCUCUCAGUAUCCUGACAACACCGGCUGUAGCAGCCCGAGGAGAGCCAGGCCAGUCUCCCUCACCGUCCCCAGCCAGACCGGAGGGAGCAGCAGGCAGUUUCAUGGCAGUGCUAGCAGCCUGGUUGAAGCGGUCUUGAUUUCGGAAGGACUGAUGCAGUUUGCUCAAGAUCCAAAGUUCAUUGAGGUCACAACCCAGGAGCUCGCAGACGCCUGUGACAUGACGAUAGAAGAGAUGGAAAAUGCAGCAGACAACAUUCUCAAUGAAGUGCCUCACUGUUCUCGUGACCUGGAGUAACCGGAACAGCGUUCUUCAUUCAUUUCUGUUGGGACGAGUCGCAGAGUUGGGUGGUGUAAGAAAGCUUUUCAGGAGCGGAUAUAACCCCAGCAUGUGUCCAUGAAGGAAGAGUGAGGAGGAGGAGGAAGAGGAGGAGAGCCAGCUCCCUCUUUUUUUCAGUCCCUGCACAAAGAACAGCUGCCUCCCAAGCGCAUAGGGGAACCUCAGCUUCCUGUGGAUGGCCCUAGCUAAAAGGACCCUGCGUCAAACGGGUGUCUUUCAACUUUGCUUGUAAAAAUCAUUUUGCACAUAUUCUGUAUGAGUCUCACCGUCUCCAUAAAGCCAAGGCCCUUUGAUUCAGAAGGAGAGGAGGACUUCUUCUGCUGUGGAUUCCCGUACGGCGAAGUGAGGAGGAAGCAGAAGAAGCCUGAGGGGCAGGUGGCAGUGCUGCCCAACCCUGCUAAAACUCCCAGGCAGCGGAAUCUGCCAACCAGCCCAAGCUCAGGCAGCCGCUCCUGCCAACAAAUCAGAGCUCGAGUAGUCACUUUCCAGCCAAUCCGAGCUCAAGCAGUCUCCUGCCGACCAAUCAGAGCUCUGACAGCCAGCCGUGCAAGCCAGUGUGAGAGCGGGGAGCAGGCUCUGCGGCGGGGCUGAGCCGACCGUCCCCGCACUUGCUGAGGUGGUGGUGGUGGGCUUGUGUAGAUCUCUCCUUGUUUUGCAGUUUUAUAUUUCCUUGAAAGCAUGUUGCAGUUUUUAUUUUGACUAUUAUUUUAAAUUUUUUGGAGGGAGAAGGGAGUGUUUACAAGGUUUUGUAAUCACCUACCUUUUUGUUUUGGUUUCUUUUCACCUUUGCAAAUGUUAAAUUGGUUUGAUCAUGUUGUAUUAUUUAAACUGGGUUUUCUUUCUUCAUUGAAAUUUGGUAGAAGUAUAAUGAUAGACAAGUUUUACCAACCAUUAUGUACACCAAGUAUUUGUAAUUUUAUUUGCUAGCAAUUGAAACCUCCUUUUUUGUUGUUGUUUUAUAAUUUAAAGAUAGUAGGCAAUGCACUUGAUAUAGUCUUGCACAUUUGAGUGAUUGAUUUGGGUUCUUCUUAGUGCUAAGUAUAUCUGUGCGUGUGGGAGCAAUACAGAGCGAGUGUGCGUGCGCGCGUGUGUAAGUGCAUGCAGUUCUCCACAUCCUGGUUUGAACUGCAGGAGAUCUGUAUCUGGGGCCAUUUGAAUGCAAAAACAAACCACUGUCUCUGCUUUUGAAAGGGGAACCAGUAACUUUGCAUUUUCUGUUCCACAAGAUAUGCAAAAACAAUGCAAUAAUAUUAAUUUUAAAAUACAAUUGUAAGUUGUGUUGGCAUUAAAACUGUAUAGAAAACAAAA